CGCGCAGUUUAAGAUUCUGCGUUACAUUAUCACGAGUCUUCGGUGUCACAAUCAUAUGGGAGGGAACUGAGCUCCAAAAAAUUGCCAGUUUUGCGUCUCAGCAUAGUGUACUUGUCGUCAACCUCCCGAAAGCUUUUACAGAAAGUUGGCUGCAUCAGUUAUCCAGUUUCUGUCUGUAUAACUGAAAUGUCACAUGUUUUACGUAAAGUACAAUACUUCCAAAAUUUGACGUCACUCAAACACUAUUUCGGACCUUCGCUUGUCAACCGCUCAAUAAGAAAGCUUAGUGGAAACUCCAUUCCUCCCUCCAAAAUAGUAAAUGUUCAGUUUGUUGAUCGUCAUGGUAACACCAGACAUGUCGAAGGAACAGUUGGAGACAAUUUAAUGAUAUUAGCUCGCCAGCAUAAUAUUGAAAUUGAGGGAGCCUGUGAAGGUUCUCUAGCAUGUUCUACUUGUCAUGUCUAUAUUAAUCAAAAGUAUUUUGAUCUACUCCCAUCUGCUUCUGAAGGGGAAGAAGAUAUGUUAGAUCUGGCUGUCUUCCUACAAGAAAACUCUAGGUUAUCUUGCCAAGUAAUAUUAACCAAAGAACUAGAUGGGAUGAUAGUCACUCUACCAAAAGCUACACGAAAUUUCUAUGUUGACGGACAUAUUCCACAACCCCAUUAAUAGUCAUCAUCAUGUCCACUGUAUAUAUUAAUAAUAAUGAUAAUGUCAGAGGAAUUAAAUAAAAGCAAACGUUAUUUCAAAA